AAAAUAGAAACUGUAGUCAAAGUCAACGAAAAUGUUCAUAGCCUCCCUCAUCUUUUGCUUUCUCCUUCCUCUUCUCUUCAUCUUCUUCAAACCCAAACCCCAUGCAAAAUUCCCACCAAAAUCGUAUCCCUUCGUCGGCCAUUAUCUUUCASUCUACGCCAAUCGCCACCGUCUCACUCAGUGGACGUCCGACCUUGUCCGGAGCUCCCCCACUUUAACCUGCGUCAUCCGCCGUCCUUUCGGUCAACAGCGUGUCAUCACCGCCGACCCCGCCGUCGUCCAGCACAUCCUSAAGACCAAUUUCUCAAUUUACCAAAAAGGAGAUAUCUUCCGAUCAACCCUCUUCGAUGUGCUCGGAAAUGGAAUCUUUAACGUCRAUGGGGAGGAUUGGAAGUUCCAAAGACAGCUUUCCAGCCAUGAAUUUAACACAAAGUCGCUUAGGCAUUUCGUCGAACAYGUAGUGGACGCCGAGCUUMACGAUCGUCUCCUCCCCAUYUUGACCGCCGCMGCUGCUAACGAUACUGUUCUUGAUUUCCAAGAUAUUCUUCAAAGAUUUGCRUUUGAUAAUAUUUGCAGAAUCGCAUUUGGGUAUGAUCCUGCAUACYUAACUCCAUCUYUACCACAAGCURAAUUUGCASUUGCUUUCGAAGAUGGUGUUCGUAUCAGCAGCGAAAGGUUCCGUUUGAUUUCGCCACUUCUAUGGAAGAUUCAAAAGCUUCUAAACAUCGGAUCGGAAAAGAGACUCAAAGAAUCCGUCGCCGAGAUCCGUGAAUUCGCCAUGAAAAUUUUAAAGGAAAAAAGGGAAGAACUCGCCGGCAAUCCUUCGAUUCAAUCCGUUGAUUUGUUGUCUCGAUUUCUGAGCUCCGGUCAUUCAGAUGAAAACUUCGUGAUCGAUAUCGUCAUCAGCUUCAUUCUCGCCGGAAGAGACACAACCUCGGCGGCGUUGGUCUGGUUUUUCUGGUUACUUUCUAAAAAUCCGGCGAUCGAAACUGAAGUUGUGAAUGAAAUCAAAGAGAAAUCAGAUUCCCCAAUUUACGAUGAAGUGAAAGAUAUGGUUUACAUCCAUGCUUCUCUGUGUGAAAGCAUGAGGCUUUACCCGCCGGUACCGGUGAACGGGAGGAUGGCUAACGCCGAUGACGUUUUGCCGGACGGAACCGUGGUGAAGAAAGGUGUUAUGGUGAGUUAUCAUCCAUAUGCAAUGGGAAGGGUGGAGAAGGUGUGGGGGAAAGAUUGGUCAGAGUUCCGGCCGGAGAGGUGGUUAGAGAAGGAUGAGAAAUCGGAGAAAUUGCGAUUCACGGCGAGGGAUCCGUAUACGUAUCCGGUGUUUCAUGCGGGCCCGAGGGUUUGUUUGGGGAAGGAGAUGGCGUUUUUGCAGAUGAAGAGGGUGGUGGCGGGUGUUUUACAGCGGUUUAUGGUGGUUCCGGUGGCAAAGGACGGUGGUGAGCCGGUUUAUGUGGCGGCUCUGACGUCGAAGAUGAAAGGUGGGUUCCCGGUGAAGAUUAUGGAACGAAAAUGACAUUAUUUAUUAGUAAUUUUUAUUUUUACACG